AUGCCACUGGAUAUGGCUGCAGCAAGGGCCAUGCUUGAUGAGAUUCACGAAGAACUUCCUGUCCAGCUAAACGACCAUAAUGCGUACACUCUGGGGGCAGUCGGAAAGCACAACGUAGUUAUUGCUAGCUUACCAGGUGACGAGUAUGGAACCCCAUCUGCAACGACAGUAGCAAUGCAAUUAUUAUCUAGUUUUCAUUCCAUUCGUUUUGGGUUGAUGGUCGGGACUGGAGGUGGAGUGCCGAACAGUCACGCGGAUAUCCGUUUAGGAGACAUUGUGGUUCUCACUGGUGGGAAUUUUCAGCGCAUUGGAAUGUUGAGCCGACCUUCUCAGAUCCUGCUGACUGCUUCGUCAAAACUACGGGCAAAUCACCUUCUAGAGGGAUCCCGAGUACCGCAGUUCCUAGAAAAUCUGAACGAAAAGUAUUCCAGACAGCCUCUCAACUUCCGUCGACCGGAAGAGGAGGACCGUUUGUUUGAAGCGGCUUACGAUCACGUUCUCUCAACAGGAACAUGUCAGCCUUGUGAUACGAGUAAAAUUGUCUCCCGGCCGGAGCGAGAUUACGACAGCCCUGCAAUUCAUUACGGGCUCAUUGCUUCUGGAAAUAAAGUUAUUCAAGAUGGAAUUCUCAGGGACCGCCUGUCUCAAGAAUUAGGGAUAUACUGUGUUGAUAUGGAAGCAGCUGGGUUAAUAAAUAACUUCCCAUGCCUUGUAGUUCGAGGAAUCUGCAAUUACGCAGACUCUCACAAAAAUGAUGCAUGGAAUGGGUAUACAUCGGCCGCGGCAGCGGCGUACGCCAAAGAUCUUCUUCUGGUAACUACUAUAGCCCAUGCAGAAUCAAAACCGACAACUAGUGAAGGAAUGUCCGACCUAGAGAGAUUGCGAGCUCAAUUGGAAUUUUCUAGAAUUCCUGCCAUUUCCCAAUUUCCGAGGCGUGAGGAUGACCUAGACCAUGUGUGGGAAAUUGAACAUCCACAAGACUUCGCUAUGGGGAAGGUAAAUGCUCUCCGCGGCCUUGGUGAAAGAUAG